AUGGGUUUCUUCAGUCCCGGAAAUUCAACAAGACGAUACUUGGCUAUAUGGUACACAAAUGCAUCCUCUUACACAGUGGUAUGGGUGGCUAACCGAAACACACCUCUUCAGAAUAACUCAGGAGUUCUCAAACUCAAUGAGAAAGGGAUUCGUGAGCUUCUCAGUGCUACAAACGGCGCCAUUUGGUCAUCCAAUAUAUCAAGCAAAGCAGUGAAUAAUCCAGUUGCUUAUCUUUUGGAUUUGGGAAAUUUUGUAGUGAAAAGUGGACACGAUACUAACAAGAACAGCUUCUUGUGGCAGAGUUUUGAUUAUCCAACUGAUACAUUGAUGUCAGGAAUGAAGCUUGAAUGGAACAUAGAGACUGGUCUAGAAAGAUCUCUUACAUCUUGGAAAAGUGUUGAAGAUCCAGCUGAGGGAGAAUAUGCUUCAAAAAUUGAACUUAGAGGAUAUCCACAAUUAGUAAGGUUUAAGGGACCUGAUAUUAAAACCAGAAUAGGAUCAUGGAAUGGCUUGUAUCUAGUUUAUAAUUAA